AUUAGUUUCUGAGUGUGGACUGCCGCUAGAAUUUGGACAUCUCCGGAGUUCCUUCAAAUGAAUAACUCUCAAGCAGUGAUACUUCGUAAUGUGACGUUAGUUACGCAGUUAGACGAAGCAUUUCUAUCACAAUGUUGAGACAAAACUCGCGAGGUGAGUGGACAGGUGACUGGCGUUAAGUGAUCCAUUUAAUCACCACCGUACCGUGCUAUCUUCAGUAGAUGUAGCUUUGGUUCAUCCAUUUGGGGUGCAACGGGGAGAGAAGGCGAAGCAGACGCGUGUCGUACAGCUUAUUAGAGUUGGGGCGUUGCAGCCCCGUUGUGUGUCUUCAGAACAGACUCGGGGGGUAUCGGAUUUGCCUCUUCUGUGGACGAUUUCUUGUAUCAAAGAUGAGAUUGGGUUGCUGCCACAUUAAGCUAUGGGGCCGUCGCAACAUUCUGUUGAUGAGUUUCUGGUACUUUAUCCUCAUGGCAUCAUGCUACAUGUAUUACACCUACACAGAAUGGCGACCAUCCCUCAAAGUCUACCAAACCAUCAUAAACAGACAUGACAGCAAGGUCCGGGAACCACCGGGCCAGGUUUAUCUCAGAAACAGGGACUUGUCUUUGCGUUGGCAACAAGCAGAGAGAUUACGAAUCCUAGAAGAGAACCCUAGGUACACUCCGGACAGUGUCCGCCAUGGAGCUGACGCCGUUCCUCCGGGUAGUGGAGCAUACAAUCAACAGUUACUCAACUCAAUUGUAGAUUCAUCGAGAAGUAACGACAACAUUCCAAAGAAAUCGAACUUAGCGUCCGGCUCAGAUGCUGUGGCUAAUAGAACUCGUAACGCAUCCAGUGCCCACGGCACUUACUCGCAUCGUGUUACAAACGAGAAACGUGUAGUAAAGGAGGAGCACACAGCACUAUCUGAGGAGGAGGAUGAGGACGAAACUGAGGAUGAGGAUGAUUUAAGGUACCCUGUGACUGACACAGUGGAUAUGACCACUAUCCACUUUGAGAAUGCCACUUUGAAACCCCCUGUACCUCCUAUAGUGGACGGUUAUGAGCGGAUUGAUUCAGAUGAGAGUUUGCGAAUGCGUUGCAGUCAGUGUGCAGUGGUAUCCAGCUCCGGUCAUCUCAUUAACAAAACCAGGGGUCGCGAGAUCGAUUCCGCACAGUGUGUAUUCCGUAUGAACUCAUCGCCAACUAUUGGGUACGAGGAUGACGUGGGAGCGAAGACCACUGUACGGGUCAUAGGUCACGUCAAUAUGAUAGUCUUGAACACCAGCCGUGAACUGCAACAGGAAAUAUUCAUCAACCAGUCGUCGCGCCCGGAUAAAGUGAUUAUACCGUGGCUUUAUUCGGCGGAUAAAGUCGACAAAGCAACUAAUGUGUACUACAAAAUUGCACAGAAUUUCUCAAAGACUUUUCCCAAUGUAGAAAUGUACUUACUAACGCCAGAAAAAGUGAAGCUGGCCGACGAACUUUUUAAAGUAGAGACAGGUUUAACGACGAAAGAGGCGAACACGUGGCUCUCAACGGGUUGGAUGACGCUACUCUUUGCCAUUGACGUAUGUGAUCAGAUCGACAUUUACGGACUGGCUGAAGAGAACUAUUGCAGGGACCAUCCGAACGACACCACACCGUACCACUACUACGACCCAGACGGUAAAGUGGAAUGUAAAUACUAUCAGACCAGCGAGGAACGACUAACCGGUGGCCACCUCUUCAUCACAGAGAAGGCAGUCUUCGCUCGCUGGGCCCACAAGUUCAACAUGAGUUUCCACUCGCCGUGGUGGAACAUCACAGCAUUAGCUCCCAACACCACGGCCCUGGAGACACCUUUCUUGAAGAAGUUCUACGAGGCGAAGCGGAACAACAGGACGAUCGUACGGCAUCGGAGGGUGAUCAAACGAGUCAUCAAGCGGGUGGUUGUACGACGGAAGGUACCGGUGUUGAAGAAAUCACCCAAGAUCAAAUCAUGAUAUUAAGACAAUCGUAAUUAUUAUUUGUAUAUUUCUCUGUAUUGUUUUAUUAUAUUGAAUUGUAUUAUCAGGUAUCCGUCCCUAGAGAAUGCACUUAAGAGAGAUGUGUUUAUUAUAAACGAUGAAGACAAGUUACUUUAACAUACAGUUAAUUACUCGUCAGUAAGAUUCGAAUAAGCCAAAAACAUGCUGAAAUGCCAUAUGUGCUACCUUCGACUGGUGACUACUCUAUGUUCCAAAACUUACAACGCCCAUGUUCCGACAACGCCCAUGUUCCGACAACGCCCAUGUUCCCUCCAUGAGACUCUGGUGUUAUGGUUAGGAUGUACUUUAUGCACAUGACGUCAUUCGAGUAGGGCGCCCUCACAUAGAGGUCACAGUGGGGUAGACUGGGCCCCUGUCUUUAUCCGCAAGGAUAAAGACAGGUACCUGCUAUUUAGAUCCAGUGAUUAUAUUGGAUACAAUCAUUAUAUUGGAUAAACGUGCACAGUGACAUGAGCUUUCCAUAUGCCCCAAACAGUAAACUCCUAUCACGUCCCCAUAGAAUUUGAUUGUGUAUUUUCUAUGUUAAAAUGGAUGUAGGUCAAAGGUGAAAGUACACGCCGGUUUGGAGGUAGUUAUUCACAAGCCUUGAAGUGUGACGUCAGAUUAUCAGGCUAACAGUGAGGUUGUUUAUUGGCCAAUCCUGCGCGUGACACUUUCUUUAUCAUCGGUUUACCUCUGAGAGAACAAACUAGACAUCUGCUAAAAUGCCAUAAAUAAUGCAUUUAACCAGUGACCACUCUAUGUUCCGAAAAUGUUCCGAUAAUUCCUCAUUAUAGAUGCUGAAUGACGUCAAAGCAAAAAUGGGGAAUACCGGAGUGUUAGAACGUGCAUGUGUGCAUGGAGGAAGACUGACCCUCAAAUGUUGUUUUUCCAAGAUUGGGUUGUACCUUUUAAACAGUGGACCAGGUGGCGACUUUUGGGCUACAUUAGAUCUUCUUAGUGUAGCAUUAUAAUAAAGGCAUACUGACAAAACAUUAAACAGUAAAAGUGGCCUCCUUGUCAAGAUGUAAUACUUAUUCGGUGACAAAUCUACAACCAAACUGGUAUCCCUUUUGCUCACUUCAGCGAUUCGCGGAUUCAAUACCUUCCAUACAAACAGUUUCGAAAGGUGGAGUAGCAGUAGUGUUAAUAUCUUAAGAAGUUGUCUGCCUUUAAAGUGAUUGUUUUAUGAACAAAGCUUAUGAUUGUCAAUCCUUAUGAAAAGUUGGUGCCGUCAGUACGUUUUUCCGUUUAGGUUUCCAUACUGUUAAUGACGUCAUUGCCUUAAUCUUUUUGCUUCCACAAGGUGUUAGCAAUAUUGAAUAAUGAACUUGUUUGCUAGUGAAAUGCGAGCGAAAACCAACAAUGAAAUUACGAAAUAACUGUUCUAAGAUCAAAGUGUAAACACAGUAUUAGAAAUAUUAACAUCUCACUAAUUGAAUCAUUCUUUAUGUAUAAAUUGUCAAGCCUUUUCAAAAUCAUUUUAUAGUUCUCAAUUUAGACUGAUCUUCAGAGGUGCUGUCACUUUGCGAUAUCACAGACACACAAUUUGAAAGAAGAUUUCUUACCCGUUGGCCUGAUUUUGGUUUUGAUUUAAAACAGAUCUUCCCAUAGCAAUGUCAUAGCCUCGUGAGGAGGCCUUCUCUACAAAUAAACGCAGAAAUUACAAAAAUAGUAUCACGAGACCUACUUAAUGAUACACCAGUCAUGAUACCCCUAACAAAAAGUACACGAUUUCCUUAUAUGAAAUACAAAAAGGUUUUAAUAUUUUUUUUUUUUUUUAAACAGGCAGAUUUUUGCCAAGCCGAGUAUAUUCAUGUUGGGAUACUCGAGGCCUUCAAUACAAAACGGUGGUCCUUUUUUUUUUUGGUAAACAAAAAAUACAUGUCUUCGGGUAGCUUUUGCUUCUCAUGUUUAGAAUUGCCCUCCUCAAAGAUGUUCCUGAUUUUUUUUUAAGAAGUCCCUUUUUUUUAAUCGAUUUAGAAGAAGAAAAAAAAUCCACAUUGAAAAGCACUUUACGAAAGUGGCAAUUUCGUUGUGCAGACAGAAAUUGCCAUCGGUUUUAGGCGCAAUGAGAGUAACAAACAUGUUGAAGCAUUUGAUUGAUACACCACAGAGUACAACUCAAUUUUUAAAGCCUUUAAAGCAACUUUUAAUCAAUGCUGUUUUGGAUACUGUUUGCUACCACUCUAAACCUCUGAAAUCUUAAACAGCAGUCGUGGUCAUUUUGGUAUUGUUGUGGUGUGGCCUUAGUGACUGUCCCAAUCAUUUGUUACGUGCAUUGUAUUAUAAAAUGUAACUUGACGGUUGCCAUAGCAAUGAUAAUGGCAACAUUAAGUGUCUCCUUGUUAAGGUCGUUGAGGGCGCUAUACUACAGUAGCAAGUGUUUCUUGGGCACACGUAUUUAUUUUAGUGGUUGAUCAUAAUUAUUUUUUAUCAAUACAUUGUUGAUGUAGCAUUCGAAUCAGUAGCAUUCAAAUCACAAGUGUUUUUGCACUUUUUUGUUUUGUAAAUUACGUUUUAAAAUCUUGGACCUACUCGACUGUGUCAAAAUGAUAUGAGUUUACUUACUAGUCGAUUAAAAAAUUCGAAUAAUGAACACAGAUCCAAUUCACACAAACUGUUUUUGAACGUGAAUUCCGUUGUUGGCCCUUUUCGACUUUAAUGUUUGUACUAAUCGUUGUGAUGUUUACUAACUACUGAAAUGAGUUAUUGAAAACCUUGUGUCUUUCGGUUUCAAUUCUUUUGAACAGUUAUUAUAUAUAUUACAAGGAAAUCACUAUGUCAACUCGAAAUUACAUUAUUAUAAAGACAAUUGUUACUUCUACUGGACACGUUUGGUCAAAGAACAUUAUUCUCACUUGGUGUAUCCAAAAGUAUUCAUUAAACAACAACUCUGUGAAGUUGUAAGUUGCAAGAAAACAUUGAAAGAAAAACACCCUCUUUAUGUGCUUCCAGAUGCAUAAUAAAAUACUAAAGCUGGAGUGUCAUUAUUUGAGUAUGAAAUUACCUCUUUCUAAAAAAAACUACGUUACUUCAGUGGGAGCCGUUUCUCACAUUGCUCAUUACCAAGUAAGUUUUUUUAAGACAAUUUAUUUUGAUUUUUUACCAAUAGUGUCCAGUGCCUUUAAACGGUUUAGGUGAAGUUCUGCUUGGAUGUUAAUCAAGUCCAGUGGGGCAUUGAAACUUUGUGGUUAUUAUUUUCAUAAAGUACGUUUUGUUAUCAAAUAAAUGUGUUGGAUGUGCAACGAUGUUGUUUAUUCCAAAAACAAACAAAUCAAAAUGCAAUUGUUUUGGUACAUCCGCAUACAGUAAACGAUGCUUAAGAUACAGUCAUUGCAAUUUUUGUUUCCAGUAUUUUAUUCUCGAGAUGAGUCAUUUGGGCCUAUAAUUAAACAAAACAAAAUUUAAAUUAUUAAUAUUUUUAAAACGAGACUUUGAGCAAAUUGUUUACUUCUAAUUGAUUUGUGUGCUUUCCUUUAUGGGUUGCUUAUUAUGAUUGUAAGACGAUAAUUAACUAAGGAACUCAACUAGGCUAUUAAACCUUGAAUGUUAUUUUUCUUAGAGAGCUUUAAUGAGGUUCACUUUUGUUCUUAUUUUUGUUUUGUGUAAAAGCAAAAGAGAAAUGCAUGCUAGAACAGAUGACAAAUUUGCUUAGAAACAGUCAUGUUUUAUACCACCGUAAAUCAAGUUGAUGGAGUGGAAGUUGGUGUAAAUUCAGUAAGAAAAUGGAGCCUUCAAAAUGACAGCAAACAUGUUGAAGAUGCAAUUAUUUACCAAAGAUUGAUUUAACCACUCAUGCCAUUAUGCUAAUUUGUGACCUUGUAUUCCACGUUGCUUAUUUCUAAGAAAGUGCCAAUGCACGUUUUUAAUAGUUUAAACGAGUUUGACAACUCCAUAUUAUUAUUUUAAAACAAUGUUUGAAAUAAAAAAAAAGUGAAAGUA